UUGAUCGAUACUUUUAACAGGCAGCAUGACUAUCUUCGUAUCUCCCUGACGGAAAAGUGCAACCUUCGCUGCUUCUAUUGCAUGCCGAGCGAAGGAGUAGACCUUUCCCCUAAAGAUCACAUCCUAACCGAUGACGAAGUUUUGCAUCUUGCUACCUUGUUUGUCAAGAGUGGUGUCACGAAGAUUCGCUUGACCGGAGGAGAGCCAACAGUUAGGAAAGGGAUUGACGUUCUAAUUGAACGACUCAACGCCUUGCGUGGGUUUGGUCUAAAGUCCAUUGGCAUGACUUCGAAUGGGUUGGCAUUGCAUCGACGGCUACCUAAACUCGUCGAUAAUGGAUUGACACAUUUAAACCUAAGCCUAGAUACUCUUGAUCCAUUCAAGUUCGCCCUGAUCACACGACGCGAUGGGCACGAAGCAGUGUUGAGGUCACUUGAAACGGCGUUGUCAUUGCCUGGGCUACAAUCAGUCAAACUCAAUAUGGUUGUCAUCAAAGGAAAGAACGACAUGGAAGUGCACGACUUCGUUGAGUUGACGAAGGAAAGAAAUAUGUCGAUACGAUUUAUAGAAUUUAUGCCUUUUACUGGUAACAAAUGGGACCGAAGCAAAAUGCUAUCAUCAUCAAAGAUCUUCGAUGCCAUUCACCAUAAGCAUCCAAACAUCGUCAGGUUGUCGGAUGAGCUCAACGACACUGCCAGAACAUGGCAGAUCCCAGGAUACCGAGGUAGUAUUGGUUUCAUCAGCAGCAUGUCGGACCAUUUCUGUAGUUCUUGUAAUCGACUUCGUCUCACUGCGGACGGGCAAAUAAAGGUCUGUUUGUUUGACAACAAAGAGAUAUCCCUCCGUGACCGCAUACGAAACGGAGCUACGGACCAAGAACUACUGUCGCUCAUUGACAUGGCAGUGAAGGGAAAGAAAGAGAAGCAUGCUGGAAUGGACGUACUCAGCACUUCAGCUAACCGCCCAAUGAUAUUGAUAGGAGCGUCGUCCAGCCUCGCCACUCAUCCACCCCAGUCGCUGACUCAUAUUGACUCGUCUGGACGGCCGUCUAUGGUGAACGUGGGAGCAAAGGAAGUAACGAAACGGGUGGCCGUAGCUUCUGGGCGGAUCUAUGUGCCCAAGAAAGCCUAUGAUCUUGUAUCGCAUGACCCGUCAGUAUCUGCACGCGAUGAUGCUGCCAGCGCCAAAGCUCGUCGUAAAGGGGAUGUUCUCAGCGUUGCUCAGCUCGCCGCUAUUAUGGGUUGCAAACGCACCUCAGAUCUGAUUCCGCUCGCUCACCCGCUGUCGCUGUCUCAUGUUGCUGUAGAGCUGAGGCCGGAAAUUCUCCAAGAAGGCCUCAGUUCUCGAUCACAAUUUUGUAUAACUUGCAUGGCAACAGUGGAAACAGAUGGCAAGACUGGUGUUGAAAUGGAGGCAUUGACUGCUGUCUCGACGGGACUGCUAACUAUAUGGGAUAUGCUAAAGGCAGUUGCAGGCAAGGAAAUGGUGAUAGGCGAUAUCAUGGUCAACGCCAAAACAGGAGGCAAAAGCGGAGACUUCCAACGAAGCCCAUAA